AUAUGUAUAUACUGUAUUAUAUGCUGUUCUACUGUAUCUUAGUCAAUGCCCUCUGACAUUGCUCUUCCAUAUAUUUAUAUAUUCUUAAUUCAAUGCCUUAACUUGGACUGUGUGUAUUGGGUAUAUGUUGUGAACUUGUUAGAUGUUACUUGUUAUUUAGUACAGCACUGUCGGAGCGAGAAACACGUGCAUUUCGCUACACGCGCAAUAACAUCUACUAAACACGUAGAUAUGACCAAUAAAAUGUGAUUUGACUUGCUUUUGCAAUAGCUAAUGGGAAUCCUGAUAAAAUACCCCAAAUACCAAGCUUAUGGGUCUACUGUCUGUUACCAAUAUCAGUAAUAUUAUAUGCAGCAGCUUGUUUACUUGGAAUAAACAGAGCAAAUAAUGCAAAUGAAUGCAAAGUCAGACAGAGACUAAAUCGAAGUUUGAAUGUAUUAUGGCUCAAUUGAAUUGAUAAAAUGUGUGUUGUGUUCUUCCACAAUAAAAAGGCCAGGGCUUCUAAACUGGUGUGUUUCAUUUGACCUACUCUAUUUGAGUUGGCAUAAUUCAAAUGGUUGCCAAUCUAUUCAAAUGAAGUUGUGCUGCCUUACUGUAACAUUGUAAAUUGUCAGUCGCCCGUACCGUUUCGAUAAGGUAGCCAACAGUAGCUUGUGAUCUUGGCUGCUUUCAGUCUCCCGCAGCACCAGACCGCAAGAGCAUGCGCUGUCGAGAGCGAUGGCUCCGUCAGUUAAUGAGAAAUGGUGAAAUUGAAUUAUUUUCUGACUUUCCUCAAGCGCAGAUCUCUCAGUAGUAGUGUUUACUUCACUGACACACGCACAACCAAGGCCUGACUGUGUCGCACAAGAUGGAGAGGGGAAAUCUGCUGCAACACAUGCGUCACCCUUCCAAACCAACCAUAUCAGGUAUCUCAAAACUACUUGUGUGUGUCAUUCCUAUCGCUCAGAUCACCAUAGGUGCAGUGUACCUGUAUGACUGCCCCCGGCAGCACUACAUCCCCAUUUACCUGGUGGUAAUGGGGGCCACCGGCCUGGCCCUAGCCCUGCUCUCCUGCCUACCAUGUGCCCAGGACUCAGAUGACAUGUCCCCCAACCUCCUGAACCACCUCUGCACCACCUGGAGCACCCUGGCCUCCCUCUUCCUCUUCUGCUGGUUCAUCAGCGGUAACGUGUGGAUCUACUCCAUCUAUCAGCCCAAUUUCAACCAGACACUGACUGAGGACCCCUACUGCAACAAGACCCUGUACCUGUUUGCCUUCUGGACCACCACUCUAGCCUACGUUGUGCUGGGCCUUCUGCUGCUGGGGGGAUGCUGUAUGCUUGUCUGUGCCUUUAUACUGGGCAAGAGGGACCCUGAUGACAACAGAUCAUGAGGGAGAGAAUGAGAGGAGGGGAGGAGAGGAGACAACAGUACAAGACAGGAGGAGGAGGAAGGGAGAGUAGAGGGCAGUAGAGGAGAGGGGAGAAGAGAGGAGCGGAGGAAGAUGAUAUUGGAGAGGAGGAGAGGGGAGGAGAGGGUGUAUAAUGUUUACUAAACAAACUAGAGAAAACCAAUGGAAUCCAGUUCUCAAUUGAAUAACGAAUUAUUGGUUUUAACUGUUAUUAUAUAUGACUGUGUUUCUGUAUGAGAAACAUUGUUGCAUUCAUUCUCAUUAGCUCAAUUUUAAACUAUUUAUACGUUAUUAAAUGUAUUAAAGAAAAUAUUCAAAUUGUGAAUA